GAAUUAUAAACGAAAUUUGAUUAGCUUCGGUUGAUGCAGUUAAGGCAGCUAUGUAUUAAUAUGGACGGCGCAGGGCGCACGCACAAACGAAGCGGAUCGCUAAAGGAAUAAAACAGGAAGCAGAGAGCAGAACCAGGAAAAUCAAUUGAUUGCGAUGCUGGCCGGUGGCAGCGCAGAAGUUGGAGCUUGUAGAGCAACUGCAAUGUCAAUGCCAGCGGCAACAGGACACCAGCAGACCGCUAGAGCCACGCCCAAACAAAUGCGAAAAAGUAAAACGCCCCAAGCGGGCAUUUUGGCACGCAGCAAUGCCGGCGAGGGUGGCCCACGCAGUGGCAUCACCUCCUCCUCUGCCUCCGCUAAGACGGCCACCAUAAUGACAGCCAGACCAGGUGGGGAGAGGGGGAAUCGCACUAUUGUGUCAGGCGGCGGCAAAGGUGGCUCGUCCGUGGGUGCCAAAAAACAGGAGAAUGUCGGUGGCUUCGUCGAUGGAAUCGAGAUGUAUCUCGGCCUAAUUGGCUGGCGUAAAAAGUGCCUAUACACAUUGUUGUUACUGUUAAUGCUGCUAAUCAUCACAAACUUGGUGCUGACAUUGUGGAUACUCAAGGUGAUGGAGUUUUCGACGGAUGGCAUGGGUCAACUGAAGAUCGUUCCGGGUGGCAUCCAACUCACAGGCCAGACGGUUAUUAUGGACAUGCUGCGGGCAUCGACAAUACGCUCCAGGCACGGACAGCCGAUAUCCAUAGAGUCCUCACGUAAUUUUUCAAUCAAUACACGUGACCCGAACGGUGUGCUUGAGAAUCAUUUAUUCCUGGGGCAUGAUAAGUUUGAAUGUCUGUCAGCGGGAUUUCGCAUCAACGAUACCACCGGACGAAAUUUAUUUUCGGUAAAUCGAAAUCAAGUCACAAUCGGAGCGCACUCGCUUCGCAUCGAGGGAGAGGGUGGCGCCAUCUUCCGGGAGUCCAUACAAACACCGCACAUUCGUGCUGAGCCGGGCCGGGAGCUCAGACUAGAGUCACCUACACGUCAAUUAGAGAUAACAGCCGCAAAAGAUAUCAAUUUACAGUCUCGAGCCGGAGGAAUCGAGCUGAUAGCCCUAGAGGAUGUCAAAUUGCGCGCACUUGAUGGCAGCCUGCGUUUGGAGUCGUCCAAGAUAAUUAUGCCCAACUUGCGCACUGCUCAGCCGCCGAUAAUGGGAUCUGCUCAGAAUCGAGAUCACAUGCAUCGAGUCUUCCAACUGUGUGCCUGCUUUAACGGCAAACUGUUCCUCGCCUCGCCCCAUUCGAUAUGCGCCGGCGAUGACUCAACAGUUUGUAGAUGAUAAGUUGGUCUGGAAUUAUGCCAAAGAAAC